AUGAUGGAACUGGCGACGACCCUCCUUGCCCUGUUGGGAUUAUUUUCCAAGUCAGCUUUUGCAGUACCACUCGCAGCACCAGAUACCACAAUUGGCAUCGGUAUCGACUUCACACCAGAUUCAGCACUGCCAUUGUUGAGAUUACCUUAUGCUACAUACAGAGCAGCAGAUUAUGAUGUCUUGAAUGAUCUCUACAAAUUCAAGAACAUCCGUUUUGCGGCUCCUCCAACUGGUGCUCUCCGAUGGCAGAAGCCAGAUCCUCCUCUAAAACAAGAGGGAAUACAAACGGGAAGUGUUGGAUACCAAUGCAUGCAAGCUGUGCCUGAGUAUCUAAAAAUUGCCUACCCGAUUAUCACAAUUGAACCCCAGUCCGAAGAUUGUCUUUUCCUCGAUGUUUAUGUACCUGCAGCAGCGAUCAAGGGCCAGGCCAAGAAUCUCCCGGUGAUGUUCUGGCUUUAUGGUGGCGGAUACGCUCUUGGCUCAAAGAAUUUCUUCAUCUAUAACGGUACCCCACUUAUGAAAUCCGCGCAAAACCAGAUGAUUUUUGUGGCCCCGAAUUACCGAAUGGGCGCAUAUGGUUUUCUUGCCGGUCCAACCGUUGAAAAGGAAGGUGUGCCAAACGCAGGUCUCUGGGACCAACGUGCUGCCCUUCAAUGGGUACAAGACUAUAUUGGUCUUGUCGGCGGGGAUAAAAACUCUGUCACUGCUAUGGGUGAAAGUGCAGGCGCCGGUAGUCUCACACACCAUUUGGUCGCCUACGGUGGAACAGUUGAUCCCCUAUUCAAGCGAGCGAUUUUACAAUCUCCAGCAUGGUAUCCACAAUACGAUAGUGGACGACUCGAGACCCAGUAUGCAAGCUUUGCAUCUCGCGCUGGGUGCGCUGGCAAGGGCCUUGCCUGUCUCAGAAGCCAAUCUACCGAUGCUGUUGACAGGGCUAGCCGCGGCGUUAUCUCUGCUCAACCAUAUGGAGAAUUCGGGUUCGGUCCUGCUGUUGACAAUAGCUUCAUUAAAGACCUUCCAUCACUCGAGUUCGCUAGGGGUAACUAUUGGAAGGAUCUUGAUGGAGUUAUGGUCGGACACACCUCGAAUGAAGGUUUCUUAUUUACUACCACAGUUCCUACAAGCAACGAUGAUGUUUUGAAGGUUAUCAGCAGAACUUUUAUCAAUGCCACCCAACCCACUGUCGACAAAAUUAUGAACAUCUACCCCAAACCCGGUUUGUUCAGGAAGUACUUGACAAACUUCCUUCGUUCUGCAGAUCUCAUCGGUCAAUUCAUCGUUACUUGUAAUGCCCGAUUUAUCGCCGAAGCCUACUCCGGGAAGGUUUGGAACUACCAGUUCUCCGUCAUCCCUGGUAUCCACGCAAUGGAUUUAAUCUUCACUUUCUGGUCGCGGGGUGUCAAUCUCGGCCCGAUCGAACUUGAUUUUAGCAUCGACUUCCUCACUUCGAAGAACUUGGCCACCGGAUGGCAGAGCUAUUUGACUAGUUUUACACGAUCCGGUAAUCCAAACACCUACCGUGAAAGAGGCGGAUUACCAGCAACUGCCGACUGGCCAAAGUCGGUAAUCGGCUCUGAGAUUAAAGCAUUGGAUAUGGAUCUUCUUGGUUUCAGGAUGAAGGACGAUCCGGAUACUGAUGCAGCUAGGUGCAACUUCUGGAAGAGCGGAGUCUGGACCGGAAGAGCAUAA